CCGCGACGCGUUCAGUCCUUGUCGGUCGAUAUAACGAGCUACACGCGGUCGACUGAUUGCUUAGACACGACCUUCAAUCAAACUGCAUCUUGCGAUUUUUGCACCGAGAUGUGUGAUUCUUCAAGAUUUUAAAUUCGCACAGUGAGAUAUGAGGGAAGUGGAAGAGUGUAAGCGAGAAAUACAGUGUCCAACACUUGCGUGAAGAGUCACAAAAUGAUGGCCGUACAACAGCGAGCAUCAGUCCCCGUGAUCGAGGAAGUGCUGAUAUCCGACAGCGAAGAAGACGAUGUAAUCAUAGUUGACGACGAGGACGAGACGAGCAAGUUCGAAGAAACUAAGGAAUUCAUACACACGAUUGACUACGGAUGUUCCUCCAAAAACGGUUUGUAUAAUAAUGGGGAUUUCGAGCAUCUGCCGCAGUUGCGCCAGACCGAGGAAAUCUAUUUGGACGAAGAUUACGAGUUUUCGGAUGCCUCAAAUCAUUCCAGUAACGAAGCAAUAAGCACAAUCAAUAUCAAUUCCAGUGAUAAGGAGAAUGUACCUGUGCAAGAUCCUGUACGCGUUGAAAGCAAUGACCGAAGCGCUGACUCGGACGAUGAGCGGUUUUAUAUUGCGGAAGAUUGCAGCAACAUGAAAGAUGUUUUGGAUCAUUUAGAGAACAAUGAGAAGAUGGAAGUUGAAGCCGAUGUUGCCAACUUAUCAAAUCAUAAAGCGAUGCAAGUUAGAACUGAUGCUAGUAUUUUUAAAGGUGGACAGAAAAUAAUAGUUUCUAAAGAUUUAAAGCACGAUCAUAUAGACGCUGAUGCCGAUAAACUGGUAAUUGAUGAAAGUAUGACAAUUGGAAAUCGAGCCGUUACCGAUAAAUCAAAAGAUGUAAAAUUAGGACCGAAAGAGUUAAUGAUCGAAACGAGUUCAGAUGAUGACAGCGAAGAGGCUCAAGAUGAUCAGGUCAUAACGAUAUCGGUGCCACAAACAGGAUCGAAAACUCGCACGAAACGGUUUCUACGCAUGCACUGUGAUAAUUGUGGCGUAACGAAAUCCGUUCCGAAACUCUCCAAACCCGAAGCCUGCAUCUGCAAGUUCUGCGAAUCUACUUUAAACUUUCAAUGCAAAACAUGUCUGCGUUGUUUCGAGACCUAUGGCGCAGCACUGUGCCAUUUAAAACGUAAGUGUGCGUCGAAGUACUUCUGGCAAUGUCCCGAUUGCGAUUAUGCCGUUCGCGACCAGUCCAAAUUUGAUAUGCACAUUCAGAAGGCCCAUGCGAAUAAAACGAUACGCUGUCCACACUGCCGUAAGAUCAUGUACGACCAAAAGUUACUGGAUGAACAUGUCAAGGAGUCCUGUGCUAUGAAGGCACCGAGAUACUCUUGCAAUAGUUGUGAUUUCAAGGAGAGAUUGCUCACCCAGAUAAAAAGACAUCUCAUGAGGUCUCAUUGUGUGCUGGAAGGAGGGUAUAGAACAAUCGGUCGCCACAGAACGAAAUCUUUAGAUAAUACUAUCCAACCUAUAUCAGAAUCUGAAAUUACCAACCCUGCAAGUGCUACUGCUGAACCUAAAGCUACGGAAGAAAAACCUAACACCGAGAGGCUGAUAAAGCUGCAUUGUAUAAAGUGCAAGAUAACGUUUAAAAAAACUCCAGACAUCGGAAUGAAGUGUAAGCAUUGCAAUGGUUCUUUGGUGUAUCAAUGCAAAAUGUGCAAGGAGCGCAGCAAAUCGUUAUGUGGGAUCUACGAUCAUAUAGAUAAUAAUUGCGAAUUCAUAAUUUGUAAACAAUGUAAUAACCGCUUUAAAACUAAAGCCGAUGCGAUAAAACAUAAAGAGGCUUGUGGAAGAGUAACUUUUAAGUGUAAAAUGUGUAAUUAUAAAACAAGACAAAAAACGUACCUCCAAAUCCAUAUAGACUCAAAACACAAUAAUGAAAAUAUUAUUACUCAAAAAUGAACAAGCAAUAUUUAUAGUAUCCUGUAAGAGUCUAUUCUUGUAGUUAAAUAAGUGCUUUCAAUGCAAAGUGAUAAGAUUUACGAAAUAAAAUUCGUAGUUAGUAUAUUACGAUACAUGUGACUUAAACGGCCCAUUAUUACACGACGUGUAGAUAUGUAAUUUACACGCCGUGUAAUAAUGGGUCGAUUUAAGUCACAAGUAUCGUAUACUAUUUUAUAGCAUCUGUCUGCCCUAAGUCCGCUAUGUCACAACUAUCCGUGACAUAAACAGUCCUGUACUGCACCGUGCAGUUAGCGUCCAAGCGUAGCGAGACUAGGACUAUUUAGGUCACGGAUAGGCGUGACUUAAAUGCGGACUUAGGUCACGAAGUGCUAUAACAGUACAUUACGAUACGUGUGACUUAAAUGGUUCUUUUUUACACGGCGCAGUUAGCACCCGAGCGCAGCGAGUCUGUGCUAUAAAAUUUUAUACGAUCUUUUAUACCUCGCUACGCUCGGGUGCUAACUGCGCUGUUUAAAAAAAAACCAUUUAAGUCACACGUAUCGUAAUGUACUAUUAAUUUUGUACAUAGUAGAUUAAAGCAUAUAUGAGUGUGCUGUGAGUAUAUAGUUGUAUAACUUUAAGUAUUUAUUUGUAAAGCAACCAAAAGUCAAUACUAAUUUGUACAAACAAACUUUUUUAAACAUUUUUUUUACAAGUAUUAUAAUGCUGUAAAACGACAAGAAUACAUGAAGUUUUAUAUACGAAA